UUAAAAGCCUCUUACGAGGGUUUGGGGCUCAUUGAUGGUUCCCAGGACUUUGACUCAGGACUGUCGUUGGGCUUUGGGAAACAUCUACAAGAGGCUAAACAACUAUUUACACCUGGAGAAUAACAGGAACUAGAUACCACUUUCACACUUGAUUUUUCAAGCACUGUCUUAUAGGACUCAUUUUACAGGCCUCGUUGAGUCCUUGGCCAAUAUACCGGAGGUGUUGUUUCCUGACACACAGGAGGUCAUGAUUCACAAAGACAGACAAGGGGGUGUUGGUGGUUGCCAUGGCAUCCCGAGCUCCAUGUCCCUGCACAGACAACACUCCAAACUCCCCCCUAAAGAGAUGUUCAACGACAUCAUGUACAUAGUGGGCGGCUGGACCCAGGAGGACCCCUCCUGCCCAGUGGAACAGUUCUACCCCCUGGAGAAUGAGUGGAAGAACAUGGCCUCCAUGACCAAUCACCGUGGUAACGUGGCCGUGUGCGGCCUGUAUGGGAAGAUCUACACAGUGGGCGGGUCUGAUGGCAUCACCUACAAAAGCAAUGUGGACAGGUACGACCCACAAACUAACAUCUGGAGUAACGACGUGACCCCACUGAGCAGCCCCCGCAGCGGAGUGUGUCUGGUGGAGAUGGAUGGAUACCUGUACGCCCUUGGAGGGUAUGACGGCAUGGUCUGCACCAACACUGUUGAGAGAUAUAAUCCCAAAAUGAACAGCUGGACGAAGCAGGCUCCGAUGCUGAGCCGGCGUUGUGGGGCAGCUGCUGCUGUGAUGGAGGGUCAGCUGUACGUGAUUGGAGGCAGCGAUGGAGACGUACCCAUGAACACAGUGGAGCGUUUUAAUCCCUUGGACGGGAUAUGGUAUGUGUGCCCCCCCAUGUUGACCGCUAGAGAGAACGCUGGCUGCUGUGUGUACCUGGGACGUCUGUUUGUGACCGGAGGACGGGAUGACCUCAACCUGGAACUCAGCGCGGCAGAGAAGUUUGAUCCAGACGCUCUGAGAUGGACCCCCGUCAAACACAUGAGGUGCAAGAGGAACAACGUGUCCCUGAUGGUGUUCAACGGGUUGUUGUUGGCUGUAGGAGGCUCUGAUGGCGUUACCAAUCUGAAAACAAUAGAAGUAUACAACCACGAGUCAAACACAUGGAGACACUUUGGGAGCAUGAAGACCAAGCAUCCAGGAGGCCAUGUUGCCAUGUUGAACACAAAACAUGGUUACAGCCUGUAACUGGAUAUGGCGUUGAUGGACAAUAACUUAUGGAUUCAUCAUAUGUAUUAUGAUAUUAUUUAUUUAUGAUAUUAUUUAUUUAUUUGACUAUGUAACAUAGGACAAUUACAGGGGAAGCUGUAUGGAAUUUCUGCAACGACAACUGUUAGACUCCUGUAAAUAGUGUUGUGCUUCUUCAAUAGAAAUGGUUUAUUGAUGAGUGUAUGCUGAAGGGAAAGGCAAGGAUGGGAACAUUGAAGGAUGAUUGAGAAAAGUCAUUUAGAAUGUGUAUGGCUGUGUCCCAAACGACACCUUACCCAGCUAGCACAUUUGGUUCCUUGGAAGUUGUGGGAAUGUAUGUUUUUGGUUUUACAUUGGUCGUGGGAAUGAAGCCAUACUUUUCCUGACAGGUAAAACUGAAAGCUUUUCUAAAGUUCUGAGAACAGAAGUAAAAAUGUUGCCUGUUCUGGGAACAUUUAUUUUUUUGUUUGCAGGGAGAGAAUGUUUUACUCUGGUUCCAUGAAUGUUUUUCUGGGAGGUUUUAUUAAUGCUCUGAGAACAGAAAUGAUAGGUUAUUUGGAGAUUUUUGAAUAACUUCCUUAAAACUUUCAAUUAAUGUUUCAAUAAAACUUAAUAAAACUGCUAGCUUAUUUUGGUCAACUGCAUUCAGGGAGAAAGAUAUCUGUGUAAAAAAAAUAAGUUUUAAAGGAAGAUAAGUGAGUGAUGGCUGAAUAGUUGGCAUGGGAAAGUUCUGAGUGGUUGAGAGGCUUUGAAAGUAAUAACGCUGGAAUCAUCAAGCAGUUCCCACUAAGCAUUGACAAAAUAUCCAGCAUUUGAAGUAAUGUUGCUGUUUUCUCAAGUGUUGUACCAUUCAUUCAGUUCAGUCUCAGUGUCUUCUUUUUCACAGCAUAGGGUGUCAGGUAAAAACACGCUUUGGUGAUGAAACUUUACUUCCUUACAGUAUGUUAUAAAAUACAUUUUACCAAGACAAAUAUGAUUUAAUGUUCUGAAUUGUCCAGUGGGGUCUUUCUCUAACAUUUAAUUGACAGCAUAUCCAACAAGUCGGAGUUUGUAACCUAAUGCGUCUGAUAUUAACAAUAGGGUCCAUCUAAGAUGUCAUCUCUCAGAGCAGUCAACCCUCAGGGUCUCGAUGCUGUCACCUACUGAUAUGUAAUCUCUCAGUGCAGUGCAUCUAUCAGAAAAAGAGUGGGGGUUCGAAAGCUGUGGGUGUUUAGAAAGAAACCAUAUUAGGAGAAAUGGGGGUUUCAAAAGGAACCAUAUAAGGAGAAGUGGUAUUUCGAAAAGAACCAUAUAAGGAGAAGUGGGAAUUCGAAAAUAACCAUAUAAGGAGAAGUGGGAAUUUCAAAAGGAGUCAACACUAGAAGCGCUGGAAUUCCAUAACUACUCGAACCGCCAUGACUUGAUAUUUCAAUUAUUAUUAUUAUUUAAAUAUUAAAUGAUAAAUAAUACAUUGUAAAAUUAAUGCAUUUUGUACAAGUUACAGUAGCUAACGUUCGCUAGCAUUUGCAUUUAUGAAAAACUUAAGGUUACAUACAUGGCUAAGAGUAGGUAACAAUCAAAGACACAGCUCACAGUGAGUGAAUAGACAUGAAUAGACAAUUCCUUACUGUCAUCUCUGCAGACCAUGACUAAUGUCCAAUAAACCAAACGACAUCUUGAAUGGCACAUUUUCCAGUGGUGGAAAAAGUA